UCAAGUGUCCACUUAAACUCCCAGCCUGUGACCACAUCUCCCUGCAUUACAACCAGUCCUUCUACAUUCAGGAGAAAUGUCACAGUGGACAAAACAGUCAGAGUUCUAAAGGGAAAUCUCAGGACCCCAGAGGUUCAGACAGGCUCUAAAGUUGUAUCCGCACUGUUGAAUUGACACCACAAUCAGAAAAAGUAGCCACAGUCCAGGUAAUGAGGGACCAAAGCAAACAUCUAAAGAACUCACCAGUAAGAUCCAUUAACACUGCUAAUGUGACACACUCCUUCUCCCAGAGUGUAGGAGCUCUUCCAGAACGUACUGGGACAGAAUCCUUGAUAGUUAAAACCACAGUUGAGAAAGAGAGCAACCCAAUGGGAUCUAAAGUCCAUGCUAAAGAUUGUGAUCUGCCAAACACUUUGAUUGUCAAGGCUCAAAUUAGCCAAGGCUUAGGCAAAGAAGUUUCUGUCAAGACUUCUCAAACAGAGACAGUCACCACUCUGGUUCAUGACAGUAGUGCUGCCAUCCAAACCAAAAUAGAGAUUAGUUCAGGAAUGACUAAAACAGAGACAAAGAAUGAAAUAGACAUGAUCCAAAUCAGUCCUUGUGUCAAGCCUGAAGUAAAGCCAGAACCUGAUUUUGAAAUAUCUGAUCCUGGCAAAUCUACGGCUGCAGAGGAGACAGAAACUGUGACUUUAGCUCAGAUGGCAUCUAAUGAAGACCCUGUCCAUGCAAAGAACAAAACACCUGUACAGAUAAGUACUUAUGAGUUGGAAACUACAUCAGAAGCUGCCCAGACAUCCAGCGAGGAGUCUGGAUCUCACAUUCAUAGGCCAGCAUCAGUUCAGGAUAAGGUCUUUGAUGAGGUAACUCUAAUGGAGGACAAAGGUCAAGUAAAACAAGGAGAGAAGGAAGAGAAAGUAGCAGAAGUAGAAGGUGUCCCAGGAUUGGGUCAGAGUUUUGUAUUGUCCAAGAAAUUUGAGAUUGAAGUGGAGGAAGUGGAGAUAAUCAGUGACACCACUGAGGUAAAGGUGCAACCUAUCGAGUUGGGUAAUGAGUUGGUUGGCUUAGCAGGUAAAGAGGCCUCAAUGUCCACAAAUCUAACAGAUUCUGAGGUUGCUUUGAGUUCCUCUGGCUCUGAAGAGGUUCUGAGUCCAAAAGAAGCUGAUGUAUUGACCAACCCAAGUCCAGAAUAUGUCUGAGUCAAGUUGAGAACAGUCAAAUAGAGACGAUCAAAAUCAGUCCUUAUGCUGAGCCUGAGAUAAAGCCAGAACCACAUUUUGAAAUAUCUGAUCCUGGCAAACCUACAACUACAGAGGAGACAGAAACUGUGAUUUUACCUCAGAUGGAUCCUAAUGGAGACUCUGUCCAUGCUAAGAUGUCCCAGACAUUCACUGAGGAGUCUGGAUCUCAUACUCAUGAGCCAGCGUCAGUUCAGGUUGAAGUGUUUCAUGAGGUAACCCUGAUAGAUGACAAGGAUGUAGAAAUGCAAGGACAAAACCAAGUGGAAGUAGUAGAGACAGAAGGUGUCCCAUGGCUGGGUCAGAAUUUGGCAUUGUCCAAGAAAAUCGAGAUAGAAGUGGAGGUAAUCAAUGAUGCUGUUGAGGUAAAGGUGGACUCUACAGAGCUGGGCAAUGAGUUGGUUGGUUUGGCAGGUAAAGAAGCCUCAAUGUCCACAAGUCUAACAGAUUCUGGAGUUGCUUUUAGUUCCUCCAGUCCUGAGGAGGUUCUAAAUCCAAGAGAAGCUGAUGUAUUGACCAGCCCAAGUCCAGAAAUAUGUUUGAGUCCAGAUGAGACAGAUGUGGUAAUGAGCAUAACUGAUGAUCAACUGUUUUUCCCAGUUGACCUGGAUGACCAUGUUGGGAUUCCUGAUUUGCUUCUGAAUCCGAAUGACCCAGAAAUGUUUGCCAGCCCAGAUGACUGUGACACAUGUUUGAGUCCAGUCGAGACUGAGACUUGUCUGAAUCUAAAUGAUGAAGAAGAAGAUGAGGACGCGUGUCUUGGUCUAACUGAGGCAAAUGUACAUGUCAGACCUGUUGAGAAGUACAUUCUGUCAACAAAAGAAGAAGGCCAGUCAUUAUCAUUUGAUGGAGAUCAAGAAGGGGACAGAAAUACCAAAGUCAUUAAGUCAGGCAGAGAGGGUUUGGUUAUUAGACCAUUUGAAUGUAACAAAGAAAAAGAAGUCACUUCGAGUGGAACAAACAUUGGUUCUAGCACUCAAAGGAGCAGGAGUCCGAGAGGCGUGGAGUUUGUAGAUCCAGGUGUUCAGAGCAUCAUAGCAGAGAAAGAGGAACAGCUUGGUUUCGGAGGUCUGUAUCAAAAAAGUGUAAGAGAUGUAGAAAGUGGUGUCGCAAGUGAAGAUAAGAAAGAGAGUAUGGAAGGUGAUGAGAUGGCACAGAGAAAACAUGAUAGGCAAGUUGUGAAUAAGCCAGGUAAUAGUGACAGCUUUGGAAGCUCAAAUGAACAUGCCACCUUAAGUAGUGUGGCUAGUAAGUCAAAGGCAAUGAUUGUUAGCAGCAAUGAUAACGUACAAGCUGUUACAACAGGAGGAAGAUUUGUACGUGGUAGUGGGGAAUGGAUAGUUAAUGGUGGAAGUUUGGGACGUACAAGUACCAGCAACACAGGGGGUGAAAAAAAACAGUCAGUGUCCAUGGUCCCUGAAACAAGCCAACCAGAUACAGGAAGGUUUGGCAGUAGAGGAAGUGGGGAGUGGAUGGUUUAUGGUGGCAGUCUUAGACGUAAGAGUAGCCUGGAUGGUAGAUCCAGUAAGCAGAAUGAAGAAAUAUUAUCAGUGGACUCAAAGCUUGCAACAAGUGCAUCAGAAACAGGGAGAUUUGGCAAGAGGGGAAGUGGGGAGUGGAUAGUUUAUGCAGGUAGUCUUGGACGAAAGACCAGCCUGGAUGGUGACAGUACCUUAUCCAGCAAAGGGAACGAAGGAAACCCAUCAGUAGACUCAAAGCUUGCAAUGAGCCCACCAGAGAGAGGAAGGUUUGGUAGCAGAGGAAGUGGAGAGUGGAUGGCUUAUGGAGGACAUAAAAGCAGCCUGGCAGGCAGUAAUAGCUUACCCAACACAGAGGCCAAAGAAUACCAAUCAACAGCUAUGAACCUGUCAACAAGCACAUCAAAAACAGGGAGGUUUAGCAGCACAGGGAGCGGAGAGUGGAGAGUUUAUGGUGGACGUAUAAGUAGGCGGGCUAGCAGCGAUGGUCCACCCAGUGCAGAGAGGGAAGGAAGCCCAUCAGUGGCCAUGCAACGAGCAUUCAGCCCACCAGGAGGAGGGAGGUUCGGCAGUGAAGGGAGUGGGGAAUGGAGGGUUUAUGGUGGGAGUACUGGACGUGUGAGCACUGCUAGAGGCAACAACGGUGUGAUCAGUCCACCAAGCAGCUACACAACAAGUGGAUCAAGACGUAGCAGUGCUGGUAGUGGCAGCAAGCUGAGCUCCAGCUGUGUUGUUAAGCGCAGCAGCAGUGUGGGAAGUGGUGGUAGGUUAAGCAGCUCAAGUAGUGGCAGCAUGCUCAGCACUUCAACCACGAGCUACAGGAUUAGUGGCUCUGGGAGAUACACUAGCACUGGCAGUGGCGAAUGGAAGCCGGUUUACAGCUCAGUUAGUGGACGGAAGAGCAGUGCGGGAAGCACAGGGUGGCCGACCACCAGCCAAAGAGCCCCAAGUCCUGGUGGGAGGAUGGGGUCCAGUGGGGGCAGCGGUGGGUGGCUGAACAGUUCAGCAGCUGGUGGGAAUCGAAUUAGCGGCACUGGGAGUGGGUCUAAACUCAGCAGUCAGAGUCCAGGGAGCAAUGAUAGAAUCAGCAGCAUAGGUGGAGGAAGAAUCAGCAGCUCCUCAGGGUCAGGGAGGACAAAUAGCACGGGGGGCCGAGUCAUCAGCAGCAGCGAACGGCCAAUCAGGAGCACUGGCAGUGGAGCCGGAGGCCACAAGGAGAGAAUCAGCGUUUGUAAGAUGGCUGCGCUGACGAUAUCAGCAGCUGUAAGGAAGAAGAGUAAGGAGAAACAAAAAGAUGAACAGAGAUCACAACAGCAACCCCAACAGGCUGCAGUUUCCUCUCCUCUCCUCCAGCGAUGGCUGACCUCAGCUGACCCCUAGGGCCUCCAUGACGUCAUGGUUCUCCAACUGGCUAACGGGGCGGCGUUAAAUUGACCACAUUCGCAAUAUAAUCUGUCUGAAGACAAACCUGCUCUAAUGAACACAGAACAUGUAUCAGUUUUACUAAUACAAAGACAUAUCUGAAAAACAACUACAGUUAUCAGGUAAAUGUAGUGCAGGAAAAUGUCCCCAUGAAAGUUAACAGAAAUCAGCUAGAUUGUAGAAAGUGUACUUUCCACUACUGACAAACACAGUAAAAAAAAAAAAACAACAAACAAAAAAACAUUCUGAAUGUGUUUCUGAUAUUCACUUGUUAUUGCAAAGAAUCUGGAAUCAUUUUAGCAUCAUAAUCAGCAAUUGGAUUGUAUUUAACCCACAGUUUUACCUGGUGUAUUUUUCUGAGCUGUUUUGCAUCUUAACUGGUGUGUUUCUGGUUUACAGAGAUGUUUUGGUGUCACCACCUUCAGCAUUCAACCCUGAAUAUGUUUCAUUUUGAUUUAAAAACCUGAAACUGAAUUUUGUUGGAUGACUUUCCAUUUUACAGAGUAUGCAGGUGUUGCUUAUAAUCUAUCACUGUGCUGGUGGACUCUGAUCUAUUCUGUACAUCUAAAUCUGAAAAUAAAGCUGAUAUAUAACCUGU